AUGGACUCGAAGGAUACGCAACACUAUUUCAGGGAGCACAACCUGCCCUCGCUCGAUGUUGACUGGCUGAUGGGAUGCAAGAAGCGGAGACCGUCUGCUGGCUCGAAGGGUUGGGAUGUUUCGGGUCAACAGCAACAUGGAAAGAGCAACAGAGACGGAGAGGGGGAGCGCAGUGAGGACCCCACGCCGACGAGGGUCCACGUACCACAUGCCGAUGCAGAGGUUUGCGAGCGGGUCAAGAGGAGGAACUCGAUUCCUGCUGAGCUGGAGAACGGCGGGCCCCGGUUCCCGUUUGGCGGCGGUGUUGCAUCUGACGAAACCUCGCUGGACAGUGCCAAUGCACACCAUCUUCGCAAACCUGAUGGAGUGGACCCUGCAGCGGGUGCCAGGAGGGUGCGGUCAAUGUCCGUGGGGGACACAGAGGAUAUGAGGAUGCGUGCGCAGUCCGUGGAGGCCGCACGUCAACAACAACAGCACAAACCGGAGAAGAAGCCUAGCUUCUUCAAAAGCUUGUUUGGAGGAGGGCACAAGAAACAUGUGUCAACAUCGAGUUCAAUUCCGGUGAUUAAACCACGUAGACCGUCUAUCCCGCAUGUCAGCCGUGACGGAGAUACAGCACACAGGACGCGCUACAGAGAGAACCGCGGGGAAAGCCCAUCUGCAUCUACUACAUCGAGUGUAUCGUCGCUGCAGCGGGAUGGCAGGGACGCAGAGGUGACAUGGCAGGGGAGGUAUGCACAACCAAGUACUGGUACAACAACAACAACAGCGAUCCCACCGGAUAUGACCCCCCUGACCAAGUCGCAGACAGCAUCGGCUACCGUGUUGCCGUAUCACAGCACACCGCAGGACCACCAUCACCAUCACCAUCAUCAUCACGACCAACACGGAACUAUACGCGAGGGCGAGGAGGCGUCGAAUUUUCAAGGUCUGGGAACCACGGCAACUAACAAUUCGUCAGACAGUAUUAUAAGCGAUGAGCAGGAGGAUCCGCGUCUUAUCGAGUUCCUCAAGUACUACAAGUCGAAAAACUACGCAAUGUCCGCUUUCAGCAAGGUGAAUUUCAAUGCGGGAAAGGCCAAACAGAACUCCGGUAACGUAACUCUGGAAAAACUGAGGAAACCCGGGAAGGCAUCGUUCUCAAUAGACGAACAUCUUGCGGAGGGAGAUCACAAGAAUAACGUACGGUUUGACUCCAGGGGGAGACCUAUACCGGCCCAUCCAGAUAAUCCGAAACUGCCCUCCGCUUUCAAGAAGGUCAACCGGAACAAGAAGAGUCAUGUGAACCCAGAGCCAGACAAGACAGACGACAGCUCGACAACACUCUCAUCUGUUCCGCAAAGCUCAUCCUCAAACAAGUUUGGUGCGUUCCUGAAAAGAGUAACAUCGUACGGGGCUGGGUCCAGUACCGAGAACAUGAAAUCGGACGAAUCAAUUGCCUCCACCUCAGGUGUACGGCACCAUACAGUAUCGCAAUUUGAUGCAUCAGCGGCCACCACGGUGCCCGGGCUCGAGGAUCUGGGGACCUUUAAGCAUGUCGCAUUUGCGGCAAAUACGUACUUCAAUGACCCACCACAGCAGAUCUGCUCCAAGAACCCGAGGAAAGGAGAAGUGGAGGUGAAACCUAACGGAUCGGUGGUGAUACAUCGACUGACCCCACAGGAGAAAAGAAGAGUCUUGAAGGAGUACAGCAGUGGGAUCGUUGUCGGCGGUACCGGUCAGCUCAAAUUGCUUGUUCCAAUGGAAGCUGACUCGGAGGUCGACCUAAAGAAACAGGAGGAACAGGUCCCCAUACGGCACGGAGAUUCAGCGGAAGAACAGGAGACGCCAACGAAAACGGAGACGGAAAGUGAGGUCUCUGCGAAGUUGCGUAACAUGAAACUAGCCGCGGCGGAAGCCGCAGCAGAGGCCAGAGCAAAGGAGACCCCAAAUGACCUCAACAGGACAGCAACAAACAACGAGGAGGAAGUCUCCGUUAGCAAAAUGGCUUCCCACUUGACAAUUGACAAACCCAUGGUAAGUCGGCGUUCAUCCUCAAAUAUACUCUCUUCGUCGAACUCCUCUGCAUCUUUGCUGUCGCACGAAUCUGACUCUGCAAAUGCGGAAAAGGAUGAAAUCUUUCCUCCACCAACUUUAAAAAUCCCACACCAGCUUGUAUACACGAGAUGUUGUCAUUUGAGGGAAAUCUUACCGAUCCCUGCUAUUCUGAAACAAUUGAAGCCUGGGUCCACUGAUCCAAUUCCACUUUUGCAACUAAGGAACCCGCGACCAUCUAUGGUCGAAAUUCUCUCGUUCAGCGACUUCAUCAGUAUUGCUCCAAUUUCGUGUAUCUCUUUGGACGGUGUCCAUUUGACAGCAGAAAUGUUCCAAAUAAUAUUGAGCAGUUUGAUGUUCAAGCCAACAUUUGAAAAACUCUCUCUGCGCAACACGCCCCUCGACUCGGAAGGUUGGAAAAUCUUGAGCUACUUUAUCUCCAAAUGUAAGUCGCUGCUGGCACUAGAUUUGACAAUGGUGCCCCAUAUCAAGACAAAUGUGCAAAAGCCGUCGAAAUCAUCCUUGAAAAAUAAACUACCUAGAAUGGAAUGCCAUAUGGAGGAUAGAUCAGAUAUGAACUGGCAUUUGAUAGCAGGUGCCAUUGCGUUUAGAGAAGGAUUGGAGGAAAUCAUAGUGUCAGGGGCGAAAAUGACAUUUGCACAGCUGAAAACAUUCAUUGAGGUGGCAUGUGGCUCCACUACUAGACUGGGGCUCGCAUAUAACGAUCUAUCAGCCAAGCAGUGUGAAAUUCUGGCGAACUGGAUAGUGUAUUCACGAGUGACAGGGCUGGAUAUUGGAUUCAACAAUCUGAAGGGCAAAUUAGCGCCCUUCAGCGCUGCCAUUUGGAACAAAAUUUACGGUAAUUCGGAGAGCAACGAGUUCAAGUAUUUAUCAUUGAAUGGGACUCAGUUGGAAGUCAACGAACACGAUACAUCGGAGAAUAAUGAUUUUUUAAAGCUGUUGAGCAUUUUAUGUUACUCAGAAAAUCUGAAAUUCCUUGACCUAUCGAACAAUCCAUUGAUAUUUCCGGCCUGUAUACCAACACUAUUGAACUGCUUACCGAUAUUUGUGAGCUUAUUAAGACUGCACAUUGAUUACGAAAACAUAACGACUCCAGCGUUGGUGACUUUGGCUGAGUGCCUCCCACUCUGUAAACAAUUGAGUUAUUUGUCCGUUUUGGGCACAGAAUUGGAUCUUGCGUCCUGCAAGGCACUGGUAGAAGCAUUUAAAAAGAGCAAGACAUUAAUUACUUUGGACGUGGAUUACAUAUACAUGCCAGAUUCUAUCAAAGAGAAAAUCUCAUUGUACGCAAUUAGAAACAUUCAAACUCAACUGGAGCGUGUGAGGAAGAAUGCAACCAAAGAACAGAUUAAGCAAUUUAACGAAACGCACCAUUACCACCAUCAUACUCCUGAUAACGACAACCAGAUUCAAACUCUUCAAGAUGAAUUGGCCAAUUUGUUGACUGUUAAGCGUUCCACCGUGAAAAAGGAGGUCUACGAUAAGAUGGUCGAAGAGUUUGUUAAAAAAGCGGAACUGGGUCGUGAGAAGAUUAGGAAAGUUGUGCAGGAUCUGUUUAGUUUAAGAAUGGAGGGUGAGUUGAAUUUGGAAGGUAAAGAGACAUUAAUUAGAUUGUGUUUUAUUGAUGCCAGUUUGGAAAAGGGUAUCAAACUACUGGAAAAUACGCAUUCUAAUACCGGGAGAGCACGCGACACAGUCAGGGGGUUUGGUUCUGUCCAAAGUUUGUCUGACACCAGUACCUCGGACGUAUCGACGCUAAAUCCCAGAGAAACGGUUUUAUCGUCACCAUCGUUUGGGAAUAGCGGUCACGUUGCGCUACUGCCCUUUGGUAAUGCUCAAAUCGAUACCUCCCAUAGGAAUGCGGAGGAUACUAUUGAAUUUAGGGACAAUGGUCCCACUGCACUGGUGGACCCCUUAUCUGUAAAACCUGAGAACGGAAAUGGCACAGCGGGGGAACAAGAUGAAGAGACUGUUGUACCACCAGCUAAACACGCUAUCUCUCCAGAAGAGAAGGACACGCUCGUUAAGGCAGCGAAGUCAAUGGACAGUGAUCAAGUCAAGGAGUUUUUGUUGAAAAACGACGUGAGCACCGUGAUCAGCGUAAUCGACGAACUACACAAGCAAGGGUUUCAUCUCCACCACAUAUUUAAAAAGGAUGCAACCGAUAAAGGUGAUGACGAUACAGAUUCGCCGAUCAGUGACGAACAAGAUGCUCCUGCAUCAAAGGGAACUACUGAACCUGAAGAAUCAGCACAUAGGAUGGAUCACAACGAAACAGAAGCUAUUGAUGCUGCUUACGAUCAGGUUUUGGACCAUUUGCAGAAGGUGAGAACUUCGGCGGGCUCGACUCCACUCCCAAAAAAAUGA